AUGGCCGAAUCACCCUCAUCCGAAGCAUCACAAGAGCCAGAAUCGGCCGAAGAGUCGAACGCGGCGCAUCCGCCAGCCAAAGCGCCUGCGGUCAAGGACAAGGAAUGUCAAUACUGUCACCAGCAGUUCACCUCCUCCUCACUCGGGCGCCAUCUCGAUCAGUUCAUCUCCAAAAAGAAACCAGAUGGGAUCCAUGAUGUCGACGAGAUCCGGAGGCUACGAGGAGGCAUCACGCGCCGCACGGCGAGAAGUAGCAAACGGGACAAGGACAAGAAUGACCACGACGACACCCGGUCAUCACAGGCAUCGCCAGGCCCCAGCAUCGGGCCUCAACCGGGCACUCUCGUCUCCUCCGCCAUCGAACUCAACCGUGUCCCUCCCGGCGGCAUGCACGUGCGCUUGAACAGGCUCAACUGGCAAGCUACCGGUGUCAUUACGGAUCCUACCACCCUCGACUCGCCGGCCACUGCUGCCGCCGUCCCUCCCACUCCUGGUGCCGCAUCCAGCCCUUCUGGGAUCAAGCGCAGUUUCUCUACCUAUGCCCAGGAUCUCAACCCCGCCAGCAAUGCCGAAACGACUCGCGCUCUCGAACUCGCUCUGCGCGAGGUCCUCGACUCCUUCCGCGCAGCCACAAAGCAUGCCUCUCCGAAACCUUCUCCCUUCAAGUUUGACGUACAGGCGCAAACAUUCCCCUCGCUCUGCUUAAAACUCUUACCUGCGCCAGCAACCUUGUUCCAAGCGUCUCCCUUCUCCACGCCACAAUCCAUCCCAGUCAAUCCGCCCGGUCCCGACCAAGUUGCCCCUCUACGUCAACUGCUGACUUCGACAAUCGACCACUGGAAAUGGCAAGCCCUGCGCCUCGCACAACCCACGACUUCCAACAUUGCGGAGGAGGCGGAUUUCCUGACGAGAAGUGCGGCGCAAUGGACCGAAUCCACCCUUGCACACUUGGAAACAAGCUUUCAAAAUUGGAUGGCACACCCGAUCGAGAUUCGUAAUCUGUUGUGGCAGGUGGAACUGCUAAGGGCAUACAACACUGAGCAGCAGAAAGUGCAGGAGAUGGAAGAAAGACUUGAGAGACUACAGCAAGAGGCGAACCAGCUACAGCAACAGGUAGAAUACCUCUCUCGAUGUCAGUGGCCGCGCGAAAUGGCGCUGUGGCCGCCCGAGCGAAGGACGUUUGGGGCUUCUAUGCGCGAAGAGCUGCGACUACUGAGUAUAAACAAAGUGCCUGCUGGAUCAGCCGGAUCUGACGCACCUGAAGAGAUGGUCUCUCUGCCAACGGAGAACGUCAAUACAAGGUUGGGUGACAAGUGGGACUUUGACAAGUUGGUCAACAAGUGGAAAACACAUGUGAGGGAAGAUAAGAAUCGCCGCAUGCCUCAGUCUCUUGUGUCUGUGGACGGUAACGGUGGCAGCAUGGGGGGCCCACCGGGUGUGAAAGUUGCAGAACUCAAGAAGACGCAGAGUGAGCCGGGGAUAAAUGGAUUGUCCAAUGGACAGUCCCCGACCAGCGUGGACGAAAGAAGAAAGAGUGCGAGAAAUCCAAAGGCAAAUAUCAGCAUUAUUUCGGACCUGUAA